AUGGGUAAACGUCCCAGCUCACCCCUGGACAACGCCAUACCCACCAUCAACAUAGACCAGAUCCAUCCUCUGAUUGACUCUUGGAGGACUGUACAGACCGCAGGCUUCACCGAGCACCAGAAAAUCAUCGCCCAGAAACAGCUUUCACCAAGUGAUGCUUUGCUCUCAGAAGAUGCCGUGAAAGACGCCCUGAGCGCUGUCCUCCGAACCAGCUUUAAGACCAGUUCUGCUGAUGAGUAUUAUGCACUUGAGAAGGUCCAUGAGCAGAUAAGCGCAGAGGUGACCGACACUGUCAACUCGGUUCUGAGUCGCAUGGGAUCUCCUGGAAGCAAACUGACAGUAAACAAAGAACAAGGCUACACCCCGUCCAGAUACAAGCUCCUCAGCAUUGUCUCCAAUGCCCAGAAAUUCAUGCAAUGCUGUUGGCCAUGCAGGACAAAUAUCUCAGGUGAGGAGAAGCCAGUGGACAAAGAGCUACAAGAGAGGGCCAAACGUCUCAAAGUCAGAAAUGAACUCAGACGGAACGGGCUGGGAAUGGCUGAAUCUGUGGAGACUGAAAACCUGUCUCAGCACGGUGCCUCUGGGAUUUCAAAUUUUGUUCCAGAGAUCAAACCCAGAUCCGACUCUGCGACCAUUGAGACACAAGAAACACAUGUGGAGAGUCUCCCAACAGAAACUGAGCAGGAGACAACCAAACAGACCACUCACAGCUCUAGUGUGCACUCGGAGGAGAGCAGUCAGAGUUCAUCUGAGGAGGAUUCCAAUGUAGACACUCAAACUCUACUCACUCCAGUUUCAAGAGCAGCUUCUCAGGCCAGCAUUGCAUCUGCACUUGAGCAGGUGAAAGAGAUCCUGGAUGAAGCAGCAGUAACAGUUGCCCGAUCUUCCAGCCUGAGCAAAGAUGAGGCUGAAGUUCUUGUAAGCAGACUGAGUGAUAAGAGUGAAGCGGAUGCAGUGUCUAUCUACUCCAUGAUGUUGGACAAGAUGGAUGAAAUCAGAUACAGAAACUCUCUGGACUCUGAUGAGGAGUCCAUCAUGGGGGGGUGCAUUGUCCUGCUGGCCCCCGGGACAGGACCUAAUCGAAUCAGGACUGGACUGGCGCUGAAGAUGGAUGUGGGCUAG